AUGGUCUACUACUUCACGUCCAACGUCGUCGAGCCCUCAGCCCGCAUCUACGUCGGCAAGGACAAGUUUGAGAACGAGGAUCUCAUCAAGUAUGGCUGGGAGGAGGACUUCCACGCCGACAAGCUCUCGAGCGCCCACAUUUACCUCCGCCUGCGUGAAGGCGAACAAUGGGACAGCAUCUCCCAGCCUCUCCUCGACGACCUCGCCCAGCUCACGAAGGCCAACUCCAUCGAGGGCAACAAGAAGGACAAUGUGACAGUCAUCUACACCCCAUGGUCCAACCUGAAGAAGGACGGUAGUAUGGCCACAGGCCAAGUGUCCUUCAAGGAUCCCCGCAAGGUCAAGCGUAUCCUGGUCCCCCAGCGCGAGAAUCCCAUCGUCAACCGCCUCAACAAGACCAGGGUGGAGGCGAAGCCCGACUUUGCCCAGGAGCGCGAGGACCGCCUCAAGGAGCUGCGCCAACGCGACCAGGCCGCCAUGCUCCUGCGCCGCAAGGAGGAAGCGCGCGUCGCGCUGGAGCGCAAGGAGAAGAAGUAUCAAAAGGACCACGCGUACGACGAUUUGUUUACUGAAGAUGCACUGGAAGGCUCGAGCAACCAAAACAGGGAUGCCGACUGGGAAGAUGAUUUCAUGUAA